GUUAAAAGAAAAGAUCCUUUAGUUUUUCUUGUGCUUCAGACUCUUCUGAGAGUUUCAGACUAUUGAAAGAACAAAGCACAAAAAAAAAAAAAAGAAAGAAACUGAUCAGAUGGUGCAAUUGAUGAGUUCGGGGAAAAGGGUAUCCGUGAAAUUGGAAGUUGAAGAAUCUCUAGAAGAAGAGUUGGCCUCUCUUCACAAAAAAAGAUCAAAACUCGACCUUUAUUUACAGGAAGGUAACGUUGAAAGUGGGAAAUUUCCAAUCUCACCAUCAUUGUAUAACCCACUGGAUGAGCCAAGUCCACUUGGCUUGCGUCUGAAAAAGAGUCCAUCUUUUCUGGACCUGAUUCAAAUGAAACUUUCACAGCAAAAUGCCGAUAAGUUAACAGCUCAUAACAAGAAAGAUAGUAAAGGAGUUUCAGUUUCUGGGGUACGGGAUAAGCUCAAAGCCUCAAACUUCCCUGCUGCCAUUUUGCGAAUCGGUUCUUGGGAGUAUAAGUCAAGAUACGAAGGGGAUUUGGUGGCAAAAUGUUACUUUGCUAAGCACAAGCUUGUAUGGGAAGUGCUUGAUGGUGGUCUCAAGAACAAAAUUGAAAUUCAAUGGUCAGAUAUUGUAGCUAUCAAGGCAAAUUAUCCUGAUGAUGUUCCAGGGACCUUAGAUGUAGUGUUGGCAAGACAGCCACUUUUCUUUAAGGAGACAAAUCCACAACCUAGGAAGCAUACUCUGUGGCAAGCAACCUCAGAUUUUACCGGUGGACAAGCAAGCGUACACAGGCAACAUUUCCUACAGUGUCCACCGGGUCUUUUAGGGAAGCAUUUUGAGAAACUUAUUCACUGUGAUCCGCGUCUCAAAUUCCUAAGUAAACAGCCAGAAAUUUUGUUAGAGUCAGCAUAUUUUGAGUCCAGGAUAUCCGGUUUCGAUGGUUUGGAUGAUGCUGGCCAUAGCAUUGAGUUAAAAAGCGAGGAGGUGCCUACUAUCUUCAGAUUGCAGGAUCAAUCAUCGCCAUCAACUGUUCAAUCUCCUUCCUGCAUUAAUGAGCAAGAUUUCGGUGUUAGAGCAUCUGACAAUUUUUGCCAGGGAACCCCAUCACCUAGCUCAGUAAGGGAGGCCCAUGUUAUUGAAGAAAUUAGAGGUAGCAGGGCGAAGGAAUGGGAUAGGAUUAAUUUUCCGGAACUUAAUGCAUCCAUGUCGAUGACCGAUCUAGUGGAUCAUAUUGGGAACUGCAUAACUGAACAGAUGACAGCUUCGGUUGAGAGCCAAAAUAUCUUGGAGGAGAUCACGCAAUACUUGCUCAAUGAUUCACAGCAUACAACAGCAUCAGAGGAAAAGUCCCUAAUGUCUAGGGUCAAUUCUCUUUACUGUCUUCUGCAGAAGGAUUCAGCCACAGAAGAUGGCAGCAGCUUAGUGCCGAUGGAUGAUGUUGCUGGCUCUAAGCUCUCGCACCCCAUGUCAAGGAAGGAUUCAAUAGGGGAUCUUCUUCUCAAUCUUCCCAGGAUAGCUUCGAUGCCGAAGUUUUUAUUCAACACCCUGGAAGAUUCCGAUAUUAAAUCCAGAGCAAGUAAGAAGAAUGUUUUGUGAAGUUUUUUAAACAAGUAUUGAUACCAGAAUCUACUGAUGGUAAAUAUGUGUCGAACUCUACUGAUAAAAAAUUUCUAAUCCAAGCAAUGUUCCUAAGCAUAAAUGUGCCAAUCUUGAGAUAGAGACACGGUGGUGUCAUAGAUGUUACAAUCAAGAGGUCUAAUUCAAGCCAUCAUACGGCUUCUGUCUGCCUUAACACGUAUAGGUUGGACUUUAGAGUUUAGACCCCAUUUUACAAGUACGGAUCCAUCUGACUUGACUUUGACUUCUAUCACUAAUUAUAAUUACUGUAUAUUUUUCACA